AUGGCGAGUCCCGCUCCUGCCUCCUUAAACCCUCCCCCACGACCUUACCGGCGAUUCUUGACCUCCGCUCUCCAUAAACGAUUUGUGCAUGCUGCGCUUAUCACCCUCCUCGCCGCUCUCCAUAAUGCCUUUUGGCUCGGAUCGAAGAAAGACAUCUUCUGGUCAUGGUUCCCUUUCGGACCUGCUGGAAUCAAAGCCUUGCUAUUUUUCAUGUCCAGCCUGUUCGUCUUCAUCCUCCAAAUAGCCACCCUCCACAUCGGCAGGCUAACGACGACUUCCCCUUUCGCGACUUUCCGAACAAAUUUCCUCAGCGCAUCUGCUCUGCAGACGUUCUUUUGGUACUUGGUCUCGGGAUGGUGGUUCACUGAAGCUUACAUUUGGUCCGCUCCGGAUCUUGGCUGGAUCACAAGGGGAAACCAUACCACCCCUGACGUUCUGAAUGAGAAACCCAUAUUCUUCCGUCUUCAUGCCUUAAUUCUUGCAGUCGCAUAUGCAGGACUUCAUCUCUAUCGCGGAAACUCAUCCCUCCUCAUCCCCGUCUCGAAAUUACCGAGCACACCCACCCCUGACAUCAAAGCACAUGACACCCACGCGGUCGAGCCGAUUCAGACGCGGCUGCAACGCAAGUUGUUCCCUGUGCUCAUGGAGAGUGCCACCAUCCCAGCAUUUACCAUCGUCGUGGCCCCUUUCAUUUACGGCCUUUUUCUACGAAAUAUCUUCUGGCAGCUCCAUCUUGCAAUGGCAAAGCCGUUCUUCAACCUGUCAAGAGCAAACGCUCGACCUAUAGGAUAUCCUCCUCUAGGGCCCUGGUAUCUUUUCCGAUGUUUCAGUGCCGGAUUUCUUCUCAUUCUAACAUGGGAGCUGACUUCGAUCCUCUUCUUGAUCUAUCUCAAUCAGCAACCCACAAAGUCAGGGUUGCCUCUUUCUGCUUCUAGCAAAGAUCCCAACGGAACACUUCUCAAUGGAUUAAGAGCCAAACGAGAUGUCGUGAGGACUUUUGCUUUUUGGGAGUUGACGAUCAUUGCUCACAAACACAAGGAACGCCGAAAGGCGAUUUUUGAAGAUAUUGAACGACCCACUGGACCAAUGUGGAGUCAAAUGGUACAGGCUGGUUUGCAAAUCUUGCAAGAAGUACAAACCCGCAUUGUAGGGCCUCCACCAGCAGUGUCGCAGCCUAGCGCUGCGGACCAAAUCAAAUCUUUGCCACACAUUGUUCCCGAAUUGCCCACGAAAUCAAUUCUUCAGGCAAGCCCGAAACCAACCAUGGGCGAAAGGCUCCUGGCGAGUCCCUUGCGCCAAAUUGGCAGCAGUAAACAGCCAUGGCACCCACCUAUCGAGCAGACGGCAAAAUCAGUCGAAACAAAAUUGCUCGAAUAUGCAAAGCCACCUGGUGCGCCCCAGCCAGCGGCCGAAAGUCUUGCAGAUCAAUGGAUGGUUGCUCUCAAGCAAAGUCGAGUUGGCUGGUUCUUCGUCUCCACAAAUGCCGCAAAAAUUAAAUCCAUGGUCCUCGGAUCUCCGUAUGGGAACGCUGCAUUGAUUGUCGAUGUCAUUGAGUCAGUUACCAAAAUGCAGAUUGCCAGUCUCACUGAAGAUACCUACGGCAAAGCAACUCCAACGGUGCCUGACACUGUUAGAACAUUCACCAAAACCUUAAACGUCAUCGAAGAAUUUGUCUCAAAACACAAGGAAGGUGCUACAGGUGAAAUCGAAGAAGUUGAAAUCAUCAUUCAAAGAUUAAGGGCUGGGCUAAAGGAAUUACUGUCAGCUUUCCAGGUAUAUUUGAUUGAUCAAGGUCUGGGUAUUGCCGACCUCAAUCAGGCCAAAAAGGCAGUACAGGCACCAGGCCCCAAUGAAGUGCAGGAAAAGCCUAAGCACAAAGCCGUUGAACAGCCAGCUCAGAGGAGGCUCUUUCAAAAAGAAACUCAAAGAGAUGGUACAAAGGACAGGCAUCGAAUAUCAGAGGAUAAGAUUCCGAGGUUGGAGCCUUCCGGAUGGUCUGGAUCCAAUCCUCCAAAUGGCCGUUUGUUCCAGAGAAGAGAUAUGGAACAGGUCAGAUAG